AUGUCGAUGCUACUAGGCGCCUUAGUCCUGCUUCUCGGGAGCGGACCGGUGAGCGCCGAUACUUUGAAGGACGUUGAGCAUGUGGUCAUCUUCAUGCAGGAGAACCGACCAUUCAAUAAUUAUUUCGGUACCAUGGCUGGAGUCCGAGGUUUCAAUGACCCGAACGUACAGGCCAAUGACGAUGGUAUACCUGUUUGGUACCAAAAGGUGGACCCCGAUAUGUCCACGGAGGCGAAAACACUGUUGCCAUGGUACCUUGGGUACAAGGGCGGAUAUUGGGCCGAUGCCAUUCAGUGCUUAGUAGCCGGGAGUAACGGCUACGAAGAGAACCAGGCGUCCUUGAACCAUGAUUUGAACGACAAUUGGGCGCGGAAUAACACUCCUUGGAGCUGGGGCUAUCUCAAACGGAAUGAUGUGCCUGUUCAGUUUGCCAUUGCCGAGGGUUGGACCACGGGUGAUAUGUAUCAGGAAUCUCAAGUGACUUCUACCAACCCCAAUCGAGUCACUUUGGUCAGCGGUUCCGUCAAUGUGCCGGGCGGUCCUCAAACGCCAGACCAGGGCGGGGUUUAUCUUGACAAUAACGAAACUCCCGGUUGCGAUAGCCGUAAGAUCAACUGCUACCCUCUUAGGUGGAAGACAAUUUUCGACAUAUACGAAAAAGAAGGUGUCUCGUGGCAGGUAUACCAAGAAACCGACAACUUCGAUGAUAAUCCUCUGGCCUGGUUUGAACAGUUCCAAAACGCGUCCGAGACCUCUCCUCUAGCCAAAAAGGGGUUGGCAACAUUAGGACUUGAGGCAUUCUACAAGGCCGCUGCUAACGGGACUCUCCCAGAGGUUAGUUUUGUCAUCGGCCCGGCAGAAUUGUCAGAGCAUCCGCCAUACAUGCCGAUAGAGGGCGCGUGGCUUCAGAAGCAGGUUGUGGAUGCAGUGGUGAAGAGCCCCAAGUAUUCAUCCACGUUGUUGAUGAUUAGCUAUGACGAAUCCGGUGGCUUUGGAGACCAUGUUGUGCCGUUUCACUCUCCCGAGGAUACUCCAGGCGAGUGGAUGGAGGAUCCAUAUGGGAAGUUCGGAAAGAUCUACGUCGGACCUGGCGUCCGGGUUCCGUUUUACAUGGUGUCGCCGUGGACUCGUGGCAAUCGAGUCUUCACCGAACGAGCCGACCAUAACUCCCAAAUCCUCUUCCUCGAGGCAUGGCUGACGGCCAGGGGAUACAAGAACAUCCGCACGGAUGAAAUGGUUCACUGGCGUCGGGAGCACAUGUCCGAUCUUGUCAACGCAUUGGAUCUGAACCAUCCCGAUACUAGUAUCCCGAACCUCCCUGACGUGAAAAAGCCUCCCACGCUUCUUGGAAAAUACGUGGGUACAGCCAAAUGUGUGGCCGCACACCCUGUUCAGCGUCCUCCGGUGCCUUAUGGAAAGCAGGGAAACAUCAGCGAAUCCCUGUGGUUCGAGGACGGAUACAAGGAAUGUGUAGGAUACCUGACCGAAGGCCGGUAUCUGGUAUUUGAGAGAUUCGGACAAGCCCUCACCAACGCAGGCAAUGCCAGUCGGAUCAGUAUCAGUCGUGCUCAUCCCGAACACCGAGAAAAGAGCCAACGCUGGGUGAUUCACCACGCUGGCAACGAGGAAAGUCAACUUUUCCACGUCUCCAGCGCCCUCGAUGGGAAAUGGUUAGGGUCGCAUGGAGCGUUGCUAGCAUCCGAUCAACGCGAGAAGGCAGCCGACAUCACAAUCACAUUCCUUGGGAAUGGAAAGGGGUAUACUCUGCAGUAUGCGGAUUCCACGUUCGUUGAGGGCGCGCCCCAAGUCGACGAGGCCGGGAAAGGGUAUCGGGUGUGGAGCGUGACGUAUCACUAA